AUCUGCGCUGAUUAUUUAAAUAAAUUUUGGCGCUAAAAAAGAAAAUGUUAGAUAUAUAAAAAAGAGUUUUUAAGUGCGUGCACUGCUCAUAAAUUAAAUCAAUUGUUUGCACGCGCGCCUCUUAACGCCUCAUUAUAAUUUGCUAAAAAAAAUUAAUACUGAAAGUAAUUGUGUUUGAGCAUAAACAAAGAGCUGGCAUUGUUUAUCAUAAAUGUGGUCAAGUAAAACGAAAUUCAUGCGAUAAGUUAUUUAAACAAAACAUUAUAGGGGGUAUAAACAAUGCAAAUGAGGCAACUAUUCACGAUGCAACUUCAUCUACAGCUGCAUCUAUGUUUGUUGCUCAUCAGCUAUGUCGUUGCACAGCCGCACAUCAUCUUUAUUCUGGCGGAUGAUCUGGGCUUCAAUGAUGUGGGCUUCCGCGGCUCGGCGCAGAUUCCCACGCCCAAUAUCGAUGCAUUGGCCUAUUCGGGUCUCAUACUGAAUCGCUACUAUGUCAAUCCGAUUUGCACACCCUCACGCUCAGCGCUCAUGACGGGCAAGUAUCCCAUACACACAGGCAUGCAACAUACGGUGCUCUUUGCCGCAGAGCCGCGCGGCUUGCCUUUGGAUCUAAAAAUACUGCCGCAAUAUCUCAACGAUUUGGGCUACACCUCGCAUAUUGCUGGCAAGUGGCAUCUGGGCCACUGGCAGCGUGUUUAUACCCCACUCUAUCGUGGCUUUAGCAGCCAUGUGGGCUACUGGUCGGGCCACCAUGAUUACAAUGAUCACACAGCUGUGGAGCAUGGCUACUGGGGCCUGGACAUGCGCAAUGGCACCGAGGUGGCCUACGAUCUGCAUGGGCAAUACAGCACGGAUGUGAUUACGCAGCAUUCGCUGAAUGUGAUAUCCAGACACAAUGCCACCCAGGGUCCGCUGUUCCUCUACGUGGCGCAUGCGGCGGUGCAUUCGGGCAAUCCCUACAAUCCGCUGCCCGUCAAGGAUGACGCUGUGCGUCGACUGGACACGAUUCAACACUAUAAACGACGCAAAUAUGCGGCCUUGGUCACCGCCAUGGAUGAGUCUGUGGGCAAAAUUGUAGAGCAGUUGCGCAAAUCUCGCAUGUUGGACAAUUCCAUUAUAGUCUUCUCCACGGACAAUGGCGGCCCAGCGGAGGGUUUCAAUUCGAACUUUGCUUCCAACUAUCCCCUGCGUGGUGUCAAGAACACGCUCUGGGAGGGCGGCGUGCGUGGCGCGGCGCUCCUUUGGUCGCCACAGCUGACCAAACGCCCGCGCACAGCAGAGCAGACCAUGCACAUUGUGGACUGGCUGCCCACGCUGGUGGAAGCUGCUGGCGGUGAGGCGGCGCUCGCAAAGCUGGGCACAGCUAACUUGGAUGGCAUAAGCCUGUGGCAGGCGCUGCUCAAGAAUGAGACAUCUCCUCGCAAGAGCGUGCUGCACAACAUAGACGAUAUCUGGGGCAACGCCGCACUCAGCGUGGGCGACUGGAAGCUGGUCAAGGGCACCAACUACAAUGGCUCGUGGGAUGGCUGGUAUGGGCCGGCGGGCAUGCGUAAUCCGCACGACUAUGAUUGGCAAUCUGUGGCGAAGAGCGCCACCGGCCAGGCCAUGCAGCAGCUGAAAAUGUUGCCCAAAACUGCGGAUAUGAUACGCCUGCGCGAAGCAGCCAACGUCAUCUGCAAGGACGCCAAGCCGAAGGACGCGCCAGAUAUUGCCUGCAAGCCCCUAAGCGAGCCCUGUCUCUUUAAUGUGCGCGAGGAUCCCUGCGAGCAGCGUAAUCAGGCCAAGCAGCAUCCCAAGGUGCUGGAGCUCUUGCUGAAGGAGCUACAGCUGCUUAAUGCCACCGCAGUGCCACCUGCCAAUAAGCCUGAUGACCCGCGCGCGGAUCCACGCCUCUGGAAUCAUACCUGGACCAAUUUCGGUGACUAUAUUGAAACAAAUGACUGUAUUUAAAAAUGUUAAUUAAAAGCUUUAGUUUUAUGUU